CUCGGGACGAUCCGCGAGAGCCCGCGCGGGGUGUUCACCUUCCCGGCGCUCACGCCCACCUUAUGUCGUCUCCUGCGCGAGGAGCUCGACCACUUCGAACGGAGCGGGAUGCCGCGCGCGCGCCCGAACACGAUGAACGACGACGGCGUCCUCCUACACGAGCUCGGUCUGUGCGAGAACCUUCUCGACCCGCUGCUUCGCGAGUACAUCGCGCCGAUGGCGAGGGCGCUGUACCACCCGCGCGCGGUGCCCGGAUGCGACACCCUCGACCACCACCGCUCGUUCAGCGUCUCCUACGACGCGACGACGGCGGCGGGGAAGGACGCGGACCUGGCGUACCACUUCGACGACGCGGAGGUCACGAUCAACGUGUGCGUCUCGCCGCGCGAAGCCUUCGACGGCGGCGAGCUCCUCUUCGGCGGCGUCGAGGGCGAGGCGGGGUCCUCGCACGCGCGGCGGUGCCCGAGGUUUCACCGCGAGGGCGUCGCGGUGAUGCACGCGGGGAAGCACUGCCACGAGGCGAUGGCGACGACGGAGGGGCGGCGGACGAAUCUGAUCGCGUGGUGCAGGAGCUUGGCGAGGCGAGCGGAGACGUGCGGAAUGUGCGGCCGCGAC